GUGCACUGUCUUGUUUGCUAUUUCAUAGUUGUGCUACUGUAUUAGUCUCUCUCUCUCUCUCUCUCUCUACAACAUUUGAAUUUAAACUUUUAUUACCAUAAACAUAAACAACCAAAAGGCAAAAAAAAAAAAAUAAAAAAAAAAUAUUUGAGUGCGGAGGAAGAAGAAGAACAAGAACAAGGCCUUCGAGAGAGAGAGAAAUCUAAAGCAAAGCAGGUUGAAGUUGAACCAAACUUACCCAUCUCUCAAAACUACUAUCAUUCGAACAAAUGUGCCUUUAAGGAACGGAGAUACGAAGUGGGUUCGUUGAGAUCUGGAGGGAAGGAGAAUGAGGCGCUCAUUGCCAGAUUGGAUUUGAAAUUUUGGGAAAUACUUUGGUGCUGCCUUUGAGAUUUUUUGUUGAUCCCAUUAGGGUUUUGUUCACGAUUUUUUGAACUGGGGUUUUUCAUUUUCUAUUGUUUUGGUAGUCAUGACUACCAAGCGCGCUUACAAGCUCCAGGAGUUUGUAGCUCAUUCUGCUGCUGUCAACUGCCUCAAGAUAGGCAGAAAAUCUUCUAGGGUUCUUGUCACCGGUGGAGAAGAUCACAAGGUCAAUCUUUGGGCCAUUGGAAAACCCAAUGCCAUUCUGAGUUUGUCUGGACAUACCAGUGGCAUUGAUUCAGUCAGCUUUGACUCCUCAGAGGUGUUAGUAGCUGCAGGAGCUGCAAGUGGUACAAUCAAGCUUUGGGACUUAGAGGAGGCAAAGAUUGUUCGAACACUUACUGGUCACAGAUCCAAUUGUAUAUCUGUGGACUUCCAUCCUUUUGGAGAGUUUUUUGCAUCUGGUUCUUUGGAUACAAAUCUCAAGAUAUGGGAUAUCAGAAAGAAGGGGUGCAUCCACACUUACAAGGGCCACACCAGAGGAGUCAAUGCCAUCAGAUUUACCCCAGAUGGCCGUUGGGUUGUAUCUGGUGGAGAGGACAACACUGUAAAGUUGUGGGAUCUUACUGCUGGGAAGCUUUUGCAUGAUUUCAAGUAUCAUGAGGGCCAGGUUCAGUGCAUAGAUUUUCAUCCCCACGAGUUUCUGCUCGCAACUGGUUCAGCGGAUAGGACAGUUAAAUUUUGGGACCUUGAAACUUUUGAGCUAAUUGGCUCAGGUGGACCUGAGACUAGUGGAGUGAGGUGUUUGACUUUUAAUCCUGAUGGAAGAACCCUACUAUGUGGACUGCAUGAAAGUUUGAAGGUUUUUUCAUGGGAGCCAAUUAGAUGCCAUGAUGGUGUGGAUGUGGGAUGGUCUAAGUUAUCAGAUCUUAAUGUUCAUGAGGGGAAGCUUCUCGGCUGCUCAUUCAAUCAGAGUUGUGUUGGAGUAUGGGUCGUAGACAUUUCGCGGAUAGAGCCAUAUGCAGUUGGUACUGCUAGUAGAUUGAAUGGUCAUUCAGAGUCUAAAUCAUCAAAUGGCAGCAAUCUGUCAGUACUAAGUGAGAACACUUCAAAGACUAGUUUGGGCAGAUUGUCUGUUUCCCAAAGUUCAGAUCCUCUAGCUAAGGAAACGAAAUCACUCGGUAGAUUGUCAGUUUCUCAAAAUUCUGACGCUAAGGAAACAAAAGUUUUGGCAUCCACUGGUAAUGCACCUGGAACUCCCCAAAGGAUAAGUUUGAGCUCCAGUCCAAAAAAAAUUCCCCCUAGCUCAACAGCUGCUCCUAGUGCAACAACCACAAAGAGAAAUUCUAUGAAGGUCCACUCAACAGCUAAUGUUUCAACUUUUAACAAAUCAGAAGUCAUACCUGUUAUCGUGCCAAGAACAGAUAUGGCUGUUGAACCAAAAAAAGAGCUUGGCUUAGCUGGAAGGACGAUGCCUUUCUCUUUACAGUCAAAGGCAACAGAGUUCCGAAGGUUUCCCACUGUCAGAGAAGAAGAUGAUAAACAGACUGUAUCUGUAGUUGCCGAAUCCACUGCUUCCAAGGGUGCUGAAUUUAAUGUUGCUGAGAGCCAGAGGAAUAUUUUAUCCAGAGUUACAAGCUCAACCCAAGGAAUAUCUUCUGAAAAGAAUGCAAAGGAUGACAGAGGCAUUGGAUCAGGAAAACAUGAAAUGAGUUCAAUGACAGAGCCAAGUGCUAGCUGUCAGCCUGACAAUUAUGAAACUCGAGGGCACAAGUUGAACAGAGAUACAUGCUCCGUUGGAGGUCUAAGAUCAGGAAGGGCCAGGUCUAUAGCGGUAAAUUGGGAGAAAAGAGAUAGAUUUUCAAAUUUUGAGGGACCUACUUCCAGUAUUUCCUCUGGGGCAGUAUCCACCGUAAGCAUGCUCCCUUCGAAUUCCAAGCAGAGAGGAUAUCCUCCACCUAUUGAAAAAGAGUCGGUGCCUGCCACCGAUGAGGAUGCCAUUGCGGAUGUCAUGGAACAACAUUCCCAAUUUGUGAGCUCUAUGCAGUCUCGUUCUUCUAAGUUACAGGGAAUCUACAGAUACUGGGAAAGGCAUGAUGUGAAGGGGGUGAUUAAUGCAAUGGAAAAGAUGGCUGAUCAUGCUGUUGUUGCUGAUGUAGUUGGUGUUAUGGCCGAGAAAAUUGACAUUGUCACACUGGAUAUUUGCACUUGUCUUCUGCCACUUCUCUCUGGCCUUCUAGAAAGUAACAUGGAUAGACAUAUAGGGAUCUCUUUGGAAAUGCUGCUCAAGCUGGUCAGAAUAUUUGGUUCAAUGAUCUAUUCUGCAAUAUCAGCAUCUUCGUCUGUUGGUGUGGAUAUUGAGGCAGAACAAAGGUUGGAGCGUUGCAACACUUGUUUUGUGGAGCUUGAAAAGGUUAAACGCUGUCUACCUUCCCUCUCCAGAAGAGGGGGAUCAAUUGCGAAAUCGGCGCAGGAGUUAAAUCUAGCUCUUCAGGAAGUUUCAUGACCAACAAUAUUGGCAAGUGGAUGUGUUCAAGUUUUUCUGGCCUGUAAGAGGUUAUGUUGCUCUAGGAGGAGUUUAUGCAUUUUAAGUUAUAAACCUCACUUCAAUGCAGCACCUGAAGGUUCAGAUUCUUUUGGUUCGUGUCUAGUCCUGACUCGGGCUCUGUCCUGUCUGUACAUUCGUGAUUAGUGGGGGUGAACUACAAGAUAAUUCUACUACAUUUACUAAAACAGAAAAGGCUGAUGGAUGUUUGAAAGCUCUAGCUCUACCUGCUGUUGUAUGGGCAGUUUUGGCAACACUAUUAUACAGUUCUACUUGGAGGAGGGAAGUCUACCACCCCAUAUCACUCUAACCCAACAUCAGUAUGUGCCAUCAUAUUAUAACCUGUAGCUGCAUUCAUGUUGAUUCAAUUAUUUUUGAAUACUCGUGUAAAAGAUUGGUGAUCAUUAACAGGUGUCUUUCCACACCUUCCUGUGAGUAGUGGCUUUUCUAAUAUGAAAUUCUUUUGAUAUGGCAUCAGUUC